UUUUCAGUAAGGAAGCAGAAGAAGAAGAAAGAGGAGGAGGAGGCAGUUGUUGUUUUUCGGAGACCUCGGCUGUUUUCUCCUCCUCUCGCUCCUCUCCUCCGGGAGUGCGAGACAAAAUGGAGUACAAACUGAUAAUGGCGGUGUCCGGCUUCCCCAGCCUGUACGACAGCAACUCAGUGACCUACAGAGACCUGAACAUGAGGAGCGAAGCCUGGAGGCAGGUCGCUCUGAUAGUCGGGGUCCCCGAGUCUGAGUGCAGGCGGAAGUGGAAGAUGCUGAGGGACCAACACCGGAGGGAAAGGCAGCGGGAGAAGGAGAGACGAGAGAGUGGCGUGGGGCUCUUAAACUACAGGCCGUGGAGAUAUUCCGCCAUCUUGUCCUUUUUAAACCCGUUUAUCGACGCCAGAGCCGCGGGCACCAAUGGCUGGGCUCUGAACCCGCAGCCGCCUCGCUUCGGGACGUCAGACAUGGUGGGCUGCAGCACGACCACGGAAAUACGGAGCGAUGACGACGAAAACUACGGCAUCGCUGUAGCAGACGCCACAACAACAACAUUUUCAUCAUCGUCGUCGUCAGAGUUUGUUCAGAGGAAGCGACCGUCGUCUGCCGACAGAGAUGUCAUCAGACUGAAAGAAGCAAAGAUCGAGGCGCCAUCAGAAACUUCCGCUCCAGACUACAGUAUUCAAACGCAACAGGCCCAGCAGGUUAACAUGAAGGAACUGUUUGAGAUGAUGAUGCAGUCAGUUACAUCUCUGGCCACGUCCUUAGCUUCUUCACAAUCUUCCUCGCAGCCCUCAGAUCAGCUGAUGCCUCCAGCGCAGUUGUCCCCCGCAGGCCUGCAGCCGGACCUGCAGAUGCAGCCGCCGUCCUGCAACACGUCCAGGCUGAACCACCUGAAAACAGAGGAGCAGGACAUCGAGGAGGUGGAGCUGCUGGACCAAACGGACGAAGAGGAGGGGAGUCGUGGCGCGUCCCCACGUCUGGCCCGGGGCUGGAGGAGGAGCACCGACAGUCUGCUGGAGGAGUACCUGAGGAGGAUGGAGGCCAGGGAGACUCAGAAGGACCGGGACGUGGACCAGAGAGACGAUGUCACGCUGUUUUUGCUCAGCUUGGCUCCGGCCAUGAGACGGCUUCCCGCAGAGAAACAGUCGUGGGUCAGAACCAAAAUACAGCAGCUUCUACACGAGGCAGAGUUUGGCCCGAUCAAUUUCCAGUGACUCCAAAACUUUUUUAUAAAUGCUGUAUGAAAUACAAAGUGUGGACUUCAGUAAUAAUUUAAUUCACCUCCAGAGGAGUUUCCAUCAUUUUUAUAAUGCCGUACUAUAAUACUUCUGCUUUCCUGUGUUUUUGUGCUGUUUUUUUAAUAAAAUACUCUCGAAACGGUCA